AUGGCCACUUCCGGUUCGAUCCUGGUCGCCAUCUUCCUGCUGAGCGCCACCCUCAUUUCCGGCCAGCAGAUCAAAGAGACCGCGCCCACAGCGCGUUUACUGGAUCGCUUCGAUAACCGAUAUCCCGACGGAAGCUACGAGUAUCGCUUCGAAUUGGACGACGGUACAGCUCGCUAUGAACGCGGCUAUUUCGCGAAGAUCAACGAAGUGAAGACCCUAAUGGUCGUGGGCUACUACGCCUAUCGGAUGACCGACGGGCGUUACAUCACCGUGUUCUACAAUGCCGAUCAAUUUGGCUAUCGACAGAAUCAGUCGAUCACGCCGCAGGAAUAUCCCAAUCUGCCGCGCUCCAUCGAGGUGCCCAUGGUCAGCGAGGCAUCUUCGGCAUCUUCGGCAUCCGAUGGCGUCUCCAGUUCCCAAGCCAGGCUGGAGGCCCAUGGUAACCCCGCCAUGACGACGACCACGCCCCGGGGGGCGGGGACAAAUCGCAGGGGCCGCUACUGA